UCUGGGGAGAGCGGAUAUAGUUAAUGCAGGGUCCGGGGGAGACCGAAUAUAGUGAAUGCAGGGUCCGGGGAGACCAGAUAUAGUGAAUGCAGAGUCCGGGGAGACCAGAUAUAGUGAAUGCAGGUCUGGGGAGACCAGAUAUAGUGAAUGCAGGGUCCGGGGAGAGCGGAUAUAGUGAAUGCAGGGUCCGGGGAGAGCGGAUAUAGUGAAUGCAGGGUCUGGGGAGAGCGGAUAUAGUGAAUGCAGGGUCUGGGGAGAGCGGAUAUAGUGAAUGCAGGGGUCCGGGGAGACCGGAUAUAGUGAAUGCAGGGUCCGGAGAGACCAGAUAUAGUGAAUGCAGGGUCCGGGGAGACCGGAUAUAGUGAAUGCA